AUGACCCCAUUCUCUACUCCUGCUGUCAAUGCCAUGAACAUUGACCACCCAGCUGACUGGAAAGAGCCUGGAGAGCACUAUCCUACUCCCAGACCCUCCAGAGGGAGAGGAGGGUGUAAUCACUCUCCUCGACAGUGCGAGCAUGACUCUGAUGCCCUCAGUGCCUUCACGUGCUUCUUCCGUGCCGAGGCCCAAGCCAAAGAAUUAGCAACUAGAAAAGAGGUGCAUGCCUUUGAUCAACAGAUUAGGGCUGAGCACUCAUGCUCUUUUCCCCCUUACUACCCCCCUAGUCGAAAUCUCACUGUCAACUACCGUCGUCCCCAGAAGGAUCUCUGCUCCAGGACCGAGCAUCCCCAAUGGGCACCUCGUACUGUUGGUGCACCAGACAGAUGUCCAUCCACAGCUGCUCAGGUUAUUGCUGAUAUCACCAGCAACGCUGAGGCAAUCCUUGCCCCUGCCCCCACCCCAAUCAUUGCUACUCCUGACCCUGGACCAGACAUAGAUGAGAUCAUAGUGGCAGCUGAGCAACGUGCUCAUCCUGUUCUUACUCUUAGCCACUUUUGCCUUGAUGAGCGUACCUCAUGA